AUGAACCCUCUUUCAUUUCUCCGGUCUUGCCACCGUUUAAAUGGGAAGUAUGAGCCACUGUGGGCCACUAUCCCACCUGGGGUUUCGGUCCGGGAGGCGCCAUCUCAGAGCGGGGACGCUGCACUGCAAAGCUCGAGCUUGGACGGCUUGCUGCAGAUAUCGCAUAAUUUCUCCAACGGUAUUCUCGUUCUGGAUUCUGAUGCGGGCACAUCCAAAGGGUUACAAUGCGUUCCGUCGCAAAUCUAUUUGAUCCUUUUUCCGGUCGGAAUCAGUCUCAGCAGAAGACGCGAGAAGAAAAAAAAGAGGCAUUCAGGUCUCUUCAUGGCCUUAGCAAAGAACUUCACGCACUUCAGCGUGGACCCCUCGACAAGGAUCUCUGCGAUUUACCACUCUAGGCGAACUUGCUCUUCUCCCACGGUCACGGGCCAUCGGGUGCUGAUAGACUGA